CGUUUUAGUACCAUGGACAGAGCGCCACGCCGCAGUGUGAACGCGCGGAUUCAACCGGUGGCUUUCCAGUGUUCGGCGAAGAGUGUCGGCCAAAAAUGAGCGAAUGUCACACACGAGAUGCGUUUAUUGCACACAUGGGACACGCCACUCGCGUUUUGGUUCACUUUUGUUUUUAGAGUGGGGGUUGCAUUUGUGAUCCGCUAUCGCGUGGGUAGGCGUGCCGCCGGAUGAGUGCUCGACUGGGCUGCGUGGAAAAGCUGAGUGUGAGGUGAGCGGUCCGCUGUGGUGGUGGUGCCUGAGAGAGCCUCCAUGAUUUAAGGAUGCUGUUGGGAAAUGCCUGGAGACAAAGAUGACGAGAUUUGUCGAAAGGCACUUGAACUCCUCUCAGAUCUUUGUUCCAAAGGGGAAGUGCAGAGCGAAAACUGCCUGGAUUUUAUUUACUAUUUCCGUGAUUUGGCCAGGCCACGCUACAUGGACUCAGAUGUGUCAGUGAGUCUACUGUCACUGGUGGUGACAGCCUGUGGCUUGGCUCUAUUUGGGGUCUCCCUUUUUGUAUCUUGGAAGCUCUGCUGGAUACCAUGGAGAGAGCGUGGUCUCUCCCCCACUACCAAGGAGCCCCACGGGGGUCACCUCAACCCAGCCAUGAGCCCUUUGCGCUCACAGCCCCUUCAGAGGCAGCCGGUUUACACGGCCGUGGACCCCCCGGCCCACACCCGCCGUGAGUCGUCCCAGUGCUCCAUCGCCAAGGAGCCAACACCAAUGGCGUCAGUUGUAUCUGUGGAGGCUCCGGUAACUCCCGUAUCACCGCCUCCUGUCGCCCUGGGUCCUCCGGAGGCAGCCAUGAAGAUCAGUCACACAUCUCCGGACAUUCCACUAGAUGCCCAGGAAAAAAGUCGAGAAAACGGGGUUCAUACUAACCCUCGGAUUCAGAGGCAAACUACGGAACCCUCACCCACCGGGUACUCCAUGUCGGAAAUUGGACAGGGCUCAAUACGCCGACAUAUGAACCUGUCGAACCCCGAUUUCAACGUGGCCCAGUUUCAAAGGCAGGACUCACUCACUGGGAUGGGACUGGGCCUCGGGCGCCUCAAACCUGAGCUCUACAAACAACGGUCUCUAGAAGGAGACGAUGGAAGUCACAGAGGCAGGGGUUGUGGGUGUCUCCACUUCAUCCUCAAGUUUGACUGUGACCUGGAGCAGUUGAUUGUUAAGAUCCACAAAGCAGAGGACCUCCCAGCCAAGGAUUUCUCUGGAACCUCUGAUCCUUACGUCAAGAUCUACCUGCUGCCUGACCGGAUGACCAAGCAUCAGACCAAGGUGCACCGUAAAACGCUAAACCCCGUGUUUGAUGAGGUCUUUUUGUUUCCUGUGGCCUACUCAGAGCUUCCCACACGCAAGCUGCACUUCAGCGUCUAUGACUUCGACCGAUUUUCACGGCAUGACAUUAUUGGCCAAGUGGUUGUGGACAACUUCCUGGAUCUGGCAGAUUUCCCACGGGAGACAAAACUCUGCCGGGAAAUCAAAUACGUCUCCACAGAUAACGUGGACUUGGGUGAUCUCAUGUUUUCUCUGUGUUACUUGCCAACUGCCGGAAGACUGACCAUCACAAUGAUAAAGGCUCGCAAUCUGAAGGCCAUGGACAUUACCGGUGCAUCUGAUCCCUACGUGAAGGUUUCGCUCAUGUGUGACGGUCGCAGAUUGAAGAAGCGGAAAACUUCCACAAAGAGGAACACUUUGAAUCCUGUCUAUAAUGAGGCCAUUGUUUUCGAUGUUCCCCCUGAGAAUAUAGAGCAGAUCAGCCUGUUGAUUGCCGUGAUGGAUUAUGACCGAGUCGGUCAUAACGAGGUCAUCGGUGUGUGUCGGGUUGGCAACGAUGCAGAUAACCUCGGUCGGGACCACUGGAGUGAAAUGCUCACGUAUCCCCGAAAACCUGUCGCCCACUGGCAUCCUCUUGUGGAGUACCAGGGUACCACAGGUAGUAGCCAGGGAGGAUCCUGUAAUUCUCUGAAGGCCCCCAUUUCCCCAUAACCCAGAAUAACAUUUUACAUAACAUCUCGACUGGCCCUCGGCUCAGCCUCGUGCUUCUGUGGAUUACCGCACAAGAAAAGAAUGGUGCGGCCAUCCAAUUUCAGCAUGGAGAGACACAACUGGAUCAGUUGCAUGUUGAAUGAUCACAUUGAUGGAUGUUUUCGGUUUUAUAAUGUUCUAUGAGUUCUAUGAGGCAUACGAAGACACUUAACGUCUGUCUUGCCGGGUUUACAUAAGUUGCCGUUUUUGCAUUGUCUUGUUAUUUGUCCUAAUCGGAGGUGGGUCUGUAAUUGCACAAUGUUCUUUACAACCAGUCGAACUGCCAUUUUCCUAUCUCAUUUGGUGCAUGAGGUCUUGCUUGUUGGGAUAUCUCCCCUCGUUUGUCUGUUUGUUUGUUUGUCUGUUUGUGUGUUUGUUGACAACGUAGUGGAAGUUGAUUUCUCAAGAAAGUGUUUGUCAGUGAAGAAAAAACUUAAAUAUUGUCAAUAAAUAUGAUUAAAUCAAAAAUAGCCAUUGUCAAUCCAAUAUACCAGCAUAUUUGUUUUCCAUCCAUACAUUUGUUUUUUCAUUCCUGGACUCGUUGAAAACUCACGCGUGCUUAUAUUACCAUCAUAGCAGAUUUAAGAAUCUGACUAAGGCCCACAUUUAAAAAAAAAAAAAGAUGUAUAAAGGAAACAAUUCAAUAGUUUUAUUUAAGAUGGACUUUGUGAUUAGAACGUGACAAUAUUACGUGCUUACAUCUUCAAUAAGAGGAUCGUUUAAGGAAGUCUUUAUAACAUUGGCUGGGAAUUUAAAAGAAAAUUUGUAAAUAACCAUUCAUUGUGGCACUAAUAGUACAAAUGAAAUAUUGUGAUUAACAAUCAUAAAUUGUUUUUAUAUAUGUGACUGUUCCAAAGUAUGCUUUCUCGAUGGUGAUAGCUGCUUGCGGAAGUAGAUUGUGAAAUUCCAAAGAUUUAUUUCAAAACUAAACACAUCACACAAUACACACUCAUAACUGCUCCUUGCAAUGCGCCGUCAGAUGAAUUUCAGCCCUGGCACUAUGGACGCAAUCAAAUAUGUUAUUCAUAAUCUGUCAAGAUGUUGUCCAACUAAAAAAAAAAUCAUUGCCUCAUGAAGGACUUGUGUUAAUGGUUUUCUUCUGCAUGCAAACAUGAAAUGGUUGAAGGUGAGCCCAUUGUUGGUCUGAACAUAAUAGCAUUUAUUUUCCCAUUGUAAUCACUUCAAGGAUGACUGCAUUGGAUUGGACAUCAAAGCAUUUUUAUUUUCCCUCCAGUUCCUAGUCAUGUGGCCUGUUCUUUUCUUGACCUAAAAUGUUUUGAGAUUGCCACGUCUCUCUACUGUGCCUAUAUGGAUGUCAUUUUUAGGCUAGUGCUGUUCUGUUUUACCUGUUGAACGGAGAGCAGUUACAAUAAAGCAUUGUAAUUGCAAUCAAA